UUAUAUUAAGUCUUCGUUUCUUUUAUUAUCAUUUUUGCUCUUCACUGUAAACUGAAGUGUACAGUAGAUAAAGCAGAAACAUAUUUGAAAUACCCAAAGACAGCAUCAGUAGACUCAGUAAUGGACGGUAAAGGCGGUCAAUAGAAGGAGAAAGGAAUGUGAAAAGGAAUAUAUUCCGUAUGGAGAUUGGAAUUAUUGGAAGAAUUUGUUUUUUUGAGGUAUCUUUUGGAUAAGUAGCAAUGUAUGGAUUACUGAUUAGUUCCGUUUCAAGCUACAUUAAAGAUACGUAUGGGGAGGACAAAUGGGAAGAAAUAAGGAGGCAUGCACAUGUUACUUCACAUACCUUUGCAACGCACGAUAGAUAUUCCGAAAGAAUUAUUCCAGAUUUGGCAAAUGCCGCCAGCCAAGUAUUGAAUGUAUCUGCUGAAAAUUUAAUGUAUAAUUUUGGUGUCUGUUUUGUGUCAUUUGUAGGGCAAUACGGUUAUGAUAGGAUUUUAAAAGUCUUAGGACGACACAUGCGUGAUUUUCUUAAUGGUCUUGAUAAUUUACACGAGUAUCUGCGUUUUAGUUAUCAGAAAUUACGGGCACCAUCUUUUUAUUGUGAAAAUGAAACACAGCAUGGUCUUACGUUGCAUUACCGGAGUAAAAGGCGAGGUUUUGUUCAUUAUGUCAAAGGCCAAAUUGUGCAGGUUGGCAAACAGUUUUAUAAUACUGAAGUUGAAGUUGAUGUUGUCCUAGAAGAGGACGAUGACAUCAUGAUACAUGUAGUUUUUGAACUCCAUUUUGACAACACUGCCUUCACAGAAUUACUGGAAAAAGAAAAGCGUAGACUUAACUCAGAUCACAGUCAAAUACAAUCAGACUUUCUCUUCGACCUAUUUCCUUUUCACAUGGUUUUUGAUCGCAAUUUGACCAUUAGAAAUAUAGGCAAUGGUCUGUAUGCAGUUUUACCGUCCAUUCUUGGUCGACGUGUAAACAAAAUGUUUUCACUUAUACGCCCCCUUGUGGAAUUUAGAUGGGAAAGCGUAAGUAUGAAUCAAAUACAAGUUCAUACAAAUAAUGUGUUUGAAUUGUUGUCGGUGUUUGGCGUAUCUAGGAAAAGUUACUAUUUUCCUACCAAAGACGAAGACCAAUCAGAAGGCACAUCUCAAGCACAAUCCGACGAUUUUCUUGAAGACGAUGAUGGAAAGUGUCUACAUUUGAAGGGACAGAUGUUAUAUAUGAAAGAAUGGGACCAAAUAAUAUUCCUUGGUAUUCCAGUACUUCAAAAUUUAGAUGCAAUGUUUAGGGCAGGUUUGUUCAUCAAUGACCUCAGUUUGCAUGAUUCAAGUCGUGACCUCGUUUUGGCGGGUACACAACAAUCAGCAGAAUUAAAAUUGGCUCUCGAUCAGGAACAACAAAAGAGUAAAAUCUUGGAAGAAAGUAUGGAAAAGCUGGACGCAGAAAUGAAACGAACUGAUUCCUUAUUGUAUCAGAUGAUUCCAAAACAGGUAGCAGACAGACUGCGAAGAGGGGAACCAGCAAUAACUACCUGUCAGGUGUUUGAGAAUGUGACAAUUCUAUUUAGUGAUGUUGUCGGGUUUACUACAAUAUGCAGUCGUAUAACACCCAUGGAAGUUGUUUCAAUGCUGAAUGCUAUGUACACGUGCUUCGAUCAACUGAGUGAAACACAUGGUGUUUAUAAGGUAGAAACAAUUGGUGAUGCUUACAUGGUUGUAGCUGGCGCACCAGAAAUAUGUCCUGACCAUUCGGCAAGGAUACUUGAUAUGGCACUUGAUAUGAUUAACGCCAUUGUAGAUCUCAGGGAUCCUUCUACUGGCGGAUCAAUGAAAAUACGAAUUGGUAUCCAUACAGGAAAUGCCGUUGCGGGUGUUGUGGGUAUUAAGAUGCCAAGAUACUGUUUGUUUGGAGAUACCGUCAAUACUGCCUCUAGAAUGGAAACCAACGGAGAGAGUAUGAAAAUACACGUCGGUGAAACAACAUAUCGAUUUGUGCAGGAUGACGACUAUAUACUUCACGAACGAGGAACAAUUGAUGUGAAGGGUAAAGGAACAAUGAAAACAUACUGGUUGUUAGGCAAAGGUUCUAAAGUUAAUGAAAAUCUAAUUGGACAAAGAUCAACAACUCCAGAUGACAAUAUAUCUAUGUGUCCGAUGGCUUCAAUCGUCAUGGAAGAAAUGUCUCGAAGGUCAUCAUCACCGGAUGUUCACUUUUCAAGGUCUCUCGACAUGUGCGCAAUGUACUCUCCUGUAUCAUUUGAUGAUAUUCAUCGAAAUAAGAUUCCAAAUACUGUGCGCAAAGAAAUGCAAUUUAAACGGAAUAGCAAUGAAAGCUCACCGAAUAAACUUGCUAGAAACGAACAAAUUUGUAAGACUAAUGGACUCAAUAUUCAUGCGAACAGCCCAGAGAAAAUUCGGACAGACCUAACAAAAGUCAAUAAUGUGAACGAAAAUAAUUUGAAUGGUAUGCUCAAGAAUGGAUACGUGACAGAAAAGGUAACUACCAAUUUUUCUGCACCUGAGGGGAAGAAAGAAUCUAAUAUUACAGUUGAAAGUCACAUGAAGAAAAACAACACUAAGGAAAAGCUAGACCAUAAAAGCUACCAAAGCAGUACAUGCAGUAUAGUAUAAAAAUAAGUAUCUCCAGUAGUGAUGAAUUGUUAUCAAACGAUUGGUGAUAAAAUGAAAUGGGAUUUGUUAAAAUUACAACAGUUGGUGACAAUCUUAAAUUGCUGUUAAACUCGGGGAUUAUUUUCUAUAUAUAUGUAUAUGUUACAAGAAGUUUAAUUGAAAAUGCAUAAACAGGCGUAAAGAUGGAUGCAAACAGCAGUUAAGUUAUAUCUUGUGCAAUGCCACCGUUUUUGUCUAUUAAAAAUAUUUUCCAAUUUAGAAAAUAAUACACAAUGAACCUGCUUUAAAACGUACACAUCAUUUUUUACAACGGGUUCAAUGACCGUUAACGAAAGUAUUAUUUGACAUUGCUUAGAUUUCAUGUCAUGAAUUUGGCUAUACUUUAGGUCCUUUGUGGUAUUAUCAGCUCUUUAACGUUUGUAUUAUCUUUUGGAUUUUCAAUAUGUUGGCCUAGAGCAUCACCAAAGAGGCAUUGGUAACAAUAACAUUAGCGAUACCAAUUUUAUUGCACCAGAUGCGCAGGUGUCGAAAGGCGUAUUUGCUGCUGUAACAUUGGUAAAAAUAAUGUUGUUUCUUUCAAAAGAAACAAACGUUUCGAAUAUGGUACAUCCUGCUUUUUCCUUGUAAUACUAUUUGAAGAUGAUAUAUCACACUAAUUUAAAUAACACAGAAGAAGCAUGCUGUCUACAUGAGAAAGUUUGUUUAUUAUCAUCAAACGUUUUGAGAAGUUUCUAAUGUAACUUUAAGUUACAAAUUUAGAACAUGAUAUUGCGGGAAUUAAAGUUUGUGAUUAUUUUGGUCAUAAAAUACAUUUUCACAGUUAUACUUUAAUUAUAAAAUCCAAUGCAAUCUUGAACAUUUUGCAAUUGGUUUAAAACAAUACUACAUUUCUUUUUCUUAAAAUCGAAAUAUUGAUAUAGUUAGGUUGUCUCUACUAUUCUGAAAAAUAUUGUGUCAUAUGAGUUAAAAAGAAAAUGUUGCUGUAUACGCUGCAAAAUACUUGGGAUACAACUUUUACUAAAAGUUUGAUUCUUUUUAUUGAAUAAAAAUUCAACAUGAAACACUUAUUAAAAGUCAUCAGCAUACACAGCCUCAAAAGUUAGUCCGAUAAUUUUAUAUUUGAAUAUAUGCAAUAGUAUGUAAAUAAAAUAGUUAAUAUCCAUCAGGUUUGAUUUGAGAUAACAAUGUAAGAACGUUCAACAUUAAUCUUAAAUUAACUGAUUGACCAUUUUUAUUCCAUUAAAUGUCAUGAAAAAUUUGUAUCCUUAAAGAAUGAAACAAUAUGUUACGAAGACUUUUUUUGUUUGUACAGUACUUGAUUUAAUUGUUUAUACAAAACUCAACUUUUUCGUCGGUUUUUACGUGUUUUCUUUCUACAGCUAAAUAAUCUAGUCAUCUAUGUGUAUUUUUGUUUGCUAAAUCACUAUGUUUGUUUUUUUUAGAUUUUAUACCAAGCGUCUUUCAUUUUUUUAUGAUAUUCUAAAAAAAACCGUCAUUUGCAAUUCUGUAUAAUAUUUGAUCUAAUCUGAUUAGAAUAAUAAAUUGCAGAGUGAAAAUGACUGACGAUUUGUCAGGUUUAAAUUCAAACUUGGAACUAUUUACAUCUGGAACUAUUAUAUAUCAUGUCCCAGUUUACAUGAAGGGUGUCAAAUGAUAUAUAUAUAUAUAUAUAUGUGUUUGUACGUCUUAACAUGUAAUAACCCAGGACUGACAUUAUUUAUCUAGGUUUAUACAGGGCUAACUCCACAAUUUACAUAACCUUGUGGUGAUGCCACUGCAUAACAUAAGGUUAUCAGAUAGGGAAUAAAACAAAACUAUAUUGAUGUAUUUGUUUAAUAUUAUUUACGACGGACAGAAACAGCUGAUCUGCUUAGUAAUCCAUCUACACCAUGUACUGUGUAGUAAACGUAGAUGAAUUCUACGCCAAAAAGCGCUUGGCUAACAGAAAAUUAAAUUUCGUAUAGCCCAGUUGGCCACGUCGUUAGGGUGCUGGACAUAGGAGUAGGAGUUGCUACAAUUUGAAAAAGGCAUGAAUGCUGUGGGAAAGGCAAAAAUGUGAUAUAAUAAAUUAGUAGAUCAAACAUUGUUACUUUGUAUACCUUUAUAAGCAUUUUGAUAUUGACAAAUAUUGUUAUCUUCAUUUUUAUUUUAUUUCAAAUGAUCAAUACUUUUAUUUCUCUAACAAUGCGUCGUAGCUGUAAACGAUUUAUCCUUGUAAUUGAAUGUAUACACGCAAAUGGAAAAGUGAUCGUUGUAUGACUAUAUGCAUUGCUUAAGAAGGUUUAAAUAUCAUAAAAGAAUUGUUAACUUUUUUUAUGCAAACAAAUAUAUGUAUAUAUUACCAACAUGAUUAACAAGUGUAAAUGAGUUAUUUUCAGUUUUUAUUUUCAAUUUGAACUUGUGUAAAAUUUAUUUGGUUUGAACAUAUUUAAUCUGGUUUCUUACCACAACUGAUAAAUUGCUUUUGCAAAGAGUAAUAUAAUGAAUUGCACAGACUAAUUAUAUAUAUAUAGUUUGUAACAAAUUUCUCUGAUAUUUAUAUCGAACGUUGUACACAGUUAAAAAAAUUCAGAGACUAUUUCUGUACCUAUAUUCUAGAAGUUAAUUCACGACAGUUAGUUUGUCAACAUGUAAUGUAGUUUAUUAAGUUGUUUGGGUGAUUUACAGUACUUUGAUUAGAUAUAACGUAAAUAUAACCCCUUACGACCUUCCGCUUAUACACUGACAACAGGUUGAAUAUAGUCUGUCAUCAAUUCUUCGUUUACUGUAUAUCUUAUAUAUCGUUGUUCAUUAUAAACUAAUUGAAGUAUUGUUUAUAAAAAAAACUAAUAUCUAUUGAGGUAACAACUCACAUCGUCGACAGUCUUUUUAUAUUUUCCCCCUGAUCCAAAGUUUUCAUUUUCUAUCAGAUAAUUCCUUAGUAGAUGGAUGCCGCCUAGCAUAAAGAUGGAGAACGGUUCGUAUUUCAUUUCCUUUAAUGAAUAAUCACGGAAUUCAACAUGAUAUGGAACACGGUUGCAACAUGUACAACAGAAAUAGCUAGUUUUGCGCAUUUGAAUGAACCCUCGGUUGGUUGUAUUUCUCAAACGAUAAGUUUUAUUUUUUUUUUGGUUCAACAUUUGUUAAGCAUCAUCACUCUUUUGUUUUUGUUUGGUCGUUGUUUUGUCUGACCUUUAUCGAUCGAUGGUUGCCUAUUUCUUACUUAAAAAUAAACAAUUAAGGACUAUUUCCUUUGCCCUAAUGUUUAAAAAAAUCCCAUUCUUUAUUAAGAAGAGUUAUUUGCUAAAAAUUCUAACACAUAUUUCAUAAAAUUAAUAUUAUCAUCGUAUAAUGGUCAGCAGUUUGUUUGGAAAUACUGACUAUUAUACAUAUUUAUAAGUAUGUUGCAAUAUUCUUAUCAUAUAGUCAUUUUAGACUUUUGGAAAUACAUGACGUUAAUACACGGGUAUAAAUCUAUGGGUAUUUAUGUUUUUUUUAUUGAAAAGGGCAGUUUAAAAACUUGUUCAUCAUGUGUUGUAUCUUGUCAGUUAUAGAAUCUAUAUGCAAAAAAGUCUAUUUACUUAAGAAAAACUUUGUCCUAAGAUGAAACUUGUACUGCAUUAUCAUCCUAAAGCUUGCAAAUAAUAAAAAUAAAUAGCGACUACCUGGCAUAUUUUCCAAUGGAACAGAUUCUUUUAAUGCCUAAUUUUUUAUCAAAUAUUAAUAUUACGGUUUAACGUUUUUUUUUUUCAAAUUUCGUAGAAUUCAUUUCUAUAUUUGUAAUUAAAAAAAUAUAAUGUAUGCAUAAUGCAUUAAAGUGAAAAUGGAUAUCAAUAUAUCAUAAUAUUUAAUAAGUAAAAUGAUAUGGUUGUAUAAGGUGUAAUAAACAUGAUAAAUACUAAAAUAAUAAUACACAACGUCACCAUUCGACUUCAAUUCUAAUUUACUUAAAUGUACGAUGUCUACAAUCUCCGUGUGCCGAUGAAUUUUUUUUUUGUAUAUUUCCAAUAUUGCAUACUUUCUUUUUUUACUUAAGUUAUAGUUUUUCACUUUUUAAUUAUAGGAAGAACUAUUAGAAAUAUAUAUAAGUAUGUUGCCGUCCAUUUAUAUUGUACAUAAUAAAAUUGAAUAUAAACAUAAUUUCCUCUGUAUUUAAUUUUCGUAUUUUUUCUUGUUGAGAGCAAAUGAAAUCUGGCGUUUAAUAUAGAUGUUCAGGAGAAUCUGUUACAAAUAAUUUACAAAAUGAAAAAAUUGCAAUACCAUAUAACUAGACGAAUAAAGAAAUAAAUGGGUUGUUAAAUAGAUUAUUAAAUGAAAAUAUGAAAAUAAAUAUACUAAUGAAUAAGAUUUCGCUGACAAUAAUACACCGAACAUAUAACACCGAACAUUAACGUGUGUUCACAUCGCAAGUUCUUCAACAUGUUUAGGUGUGAUGUAAUAUCUUUCAACACUUCGAACUAAAAAAAAAAAUAAAAAAAUUCUACAAUAAAAAAAGACGGAUCAUGUGAGCACGCUUAGCGUACGAAGUGUGGACAGAGGAUCUGUACUUUUUCCUGAUUAGAUUCUGUGUCCUGAUUUUUGUUUUUUAUUACAAAAACCAUAGUGUUUCAUUUAAUUUGUAUAUGUUUACCAAUUCAUAAUGUGAUUUGAUGUACCUGUUACUUUUAAACAAAAAAAUAUUUAUAAACUAA